UUUUUUCUUUUGCCAAAUUUUUACAAUCUGCAGGAUGUUGGUGAGAAAAAAAGAUUUAUAUAUGAAGCUUAUGACGUUAUAAAAAAAGCUAUUGAUAAAAGCGAAAAAGAUUGUGCUAAUGCCCAUAAAUGGUAUGGAAUUAUACUAAAUUAUAUUGGUGAAUUUGAAGGCUAUCGACAACAGAUACUCAAUUCUUAUGAAAUUCGUAAGCAUUUUGAAAAGGCAUUAGCUAUUAACGAUAAAGAUCCAACGACUUGGCAUUUAUUAGGUGUUUGGCAUUUCGCUUGUGCUGAUUUAUCGUAUCCUCUACGACUGAUUGCUAAAACGAUUUUUGGAACUCCACCGUUAUCAACAUUUGAAAGUGCAUUGGAAUAUUUUGAAAAAGCUGAAUCACCAAAUUUUUAUUCGAGAAAUACAUGGUAUUUGGCUGAAGUUUAUGAACGCCUUGGUCGAUAUGAUGAAGCAAAAGCAUUCUAUUUAGCAGCUUUUAAAAUGCCCAUUAUUACAAUCGACGACAUAGAAGUCCAUCGAAUGGUCGAUUUGAAAUAUUGA